CCUAUCUCCUUAUUGGAGCUCCGAUAAGAGAGAGAGAGGGAGUCGAGAUCUCCAAUGGCUCCCGAACCAGAAAGCGAGCUGAAUGAGAAAAACCCUCCUCCCCUCGAUGAGGACGACAUCGCCGUCCUCAAAACCUAUGGACUUGGGCCGUACUCAGCAAGCAUCAAGAAAGCGGAGAAGGAAGUUAAGGAGGGGGCUAAGAAAGUUAAUGACUUAUGCGGGAUCAAAGAGUCAGACACUGGUUUAGCUGCUCCAAGUCAAUGGGACUUAGUAUCCGACAAACAAAUGAUGCAAGAAGAACAACCACUCCAGGUUGCAAGAUGUACAAAAAUUAUUAACCCAAACACUGAAGAUGCCAAAUAUGUGAUAAAUGUUAAGCAAAUCGCCAAGUUUGUUGUUGGACUAGGUGACAAAGUUUCUCCCACUGAUAUUGAAGAAGGGAUGCGUGUUGGAGUUGAUCGGAAUAAGUAUCAAAUUCAAAUUCCUUUGCCGCCUAAGAUUGAUCCCAGUGUUACAAUGAUGACUGUAGAAGAGAAGCCUGAUGUUACAUACAAUGAUGUUGGUGGAUGCAAGGAGCAAAUAGAGAAGAUGCGAGAAGUUGUGGAACUUCCCAUGCUGCAUCCGGAGAAAUUUGUUAAGCUUGGUAUUGACCCACCCAAGGGUGUUCUCUGCUAUGGUCCACCAGGAACCGGUAAAACACUCUUAGCUAGAGCUGUAGCCAACAGAACGGAUGCAUGCUUCAUUCGUGUUAUUGGAAGUGAGCUAGUUCAAAAAUAUGUUGGUGAAGGUGCUCGAAUGGUCCGUGAACUCUUUCAGAUGGCUCGUUCCAAAAAGGCUUGCAUUGUGUUCUUUGACGAAGUUGAUGCAAUUGGUGGUGCUCGAUUCGAUGACGGUGUGGGAGGCGACAAUGAAGUUCAGCGCACUAUGCUUGAAAUUGUUAAUCAACUAGAUGGGUUUGAUGCCCGAGGAAAUAUUAAAGUCCUUAUGGCAACAAAUAGACCUGACACGUUAGAUCCAGCAUUAUUACGUCCUGGGCGGUUGGACCGUAAAGUUGAGUUUGGACUUCCUGAUUUGGAGAGUCGGACACAAAUUUUCAAGAUCCAUACAAGGACGAUGAACUGUGAAAGGGAUAUUCGAUUUGAGCUGCUUGCUCGGCUGUGUCCCAACUCCACUGGAGCUGACAUUAGGAGCGUAUGCACUGAAGCUGGGAUGUAUGCGAUCCGUGCACGAAGAAAGACGGUCACUGAGAAGGAUUUUCUCGAUGCUGUCAACAAAGUAAUAAAAGGCUAUCAGAAGUUUAGCGCGACUCCGAAAUAUAUGGUGUACAACUAAGUUAAUCGUUUUCUAUGGAUGGGGAAGGGCAUGAGUUGAUGACAGUUUCUGAUUUUUAUCUCGCCAUCAUGAUUAUGGGAAAGCUGAAACUUCCAAGUUUAUAUUCCUACUAGGAUUUAUGCACCUGCAAUGCACGUGAUUAAAUUAAAUAUUGUGAUUAAGUAUUUUUGACUUA